GGUAGCUAUGUGAAAGGGGAAAUGUAUGUCAAACAGAGCGGUGGACAAUGUCCUGAUUUAUUCGUGCAAGUCACCUAUCCUCUAGCACACUUGCAUGUUGUUCCAUGAACUCCAAAACCAUCCGACUCUGUAUGAUCAGUGGAAGAUCCAGAGGAAGAAAAAGGGCAGGAACCGAUGGAAGGGUCAGACCGAAGGUUGGGUGGAGUUCCAGAACAAAGCUAUCGCCAAGAGAGUGGCCAGAAGUCUCCAUAAUACACCAAUCGGGACCCGGAAGCGCAGCCGCUUCCGUGAUUCCUUGUGGAAUAUAAAGUAUCUGCACCGUUCCCGACCAGUAUCUGCACUGUUCCCGACCAGUAUCUGCACUGUUCCCGACCAGUAUCUGCACUGUUCCCGACCAGUAUCAGCACUGUUCCUGCGUGUGUGUUUCUGUUCCCGACCAGUAUCUGCACUGUUCCCGACCAGUAUCUGCACUGUUCCCGACCAGUAUCUGCACUGUUCCCGACAGUAUCUGCACUGUUCCCGAGUGUGUGUGUAUGUUUCCGUUCCCGACAGUAUCUGCACUUUUCCUGACAGUAUCUGCACUGUUCCCGAGUGUGUGUGUGUGUUUCUGUUCCCACAGUAUCUGCACUGUUUCCGAGUGUGUUUUUCUCUUCCCGACAGUAUCUGCACUGCUCCUGAAUGUGUAUUUCUGUUCCUGACAGUAUCUGCACUGUUCCUGAGUGUGUGUGUGUGUUUCUGUUCCCGACAGUAUCUGCACUGUUUCCGAGUGUGUGUUUCUCUUCCCGACAGUAUCUGCACUGCUCCUGAAUGUGUAUUUCUGUUCCUGACAGUAUCUGCACUGUUCCUGAGUGUGUGUGUGUGUUUCUGUUCCCGACAGUACCUGCACUGUUCCUGGGUGUGUGUGUGUUUCUGUUCCUGACAGUAUCAGCACUGUUCCUGAGUGUGUGUUUCUGUUCCCAACCAGUAUCUGCACUGUUCCCGACCAGUAUCUGCACUGUUCCCGACCAGUAUCUGCACUGUUCCUGACAGUAUCUGCACUGUUCCUGACAGUAUCUGCACUGUUCCCGAGUGUGUGUGUGUGUGUUUCUGUUCCCGACAGUAUCUGCACUUUUCCUGUGUGUGUGUGUUUCUGUUCCUGACAGUAUCAGCACUGUUCCUGAGUGUGUGUUUCUGUUCCCGACCAGUAUCUGCACUGUUCCUGAGUGUGUGUUUCUCUUCCCAACAGUAUCUGCACUGUUCCUGAGUGUGUGUUUCUGUUCCUGACAGAAUCUGCACUGUUCCUGAAUGUGUGUGUGUGUCUGUGUGUGUUUCUGUUCCCAACAGAAUCUGCUCUGUUCCUGGGUGUGUGUUUCUGUUCCUGACAGUAUCUGCUCUGUUCCCGACAGUAGCUGCACUGUUCCUAGGUGAGUGUUUCUGUUCCUGACAGUAGCCACAUUAUUCCUGAGUGUGUGUUUCUGUUCCCAACAGUAUCUGCACUGUUUCUGGGUAUGUGUUUCUGUUCCUGAUAGUAUCUGCACUGCUCCUGGGUGUGUGUUUCUGUUCCUGACAGUAGCCGCACGGUUCCUGGGUGUGUCUUCCUGUUCCUGACAGUAUCUGCACUGUUUCUGUUCCCAACAGUAUCUGCUCUGUUCCUAGGUGUGUGUUUCUAUUCCUGACAGUAUCUGCACUGUUUCUGUUCCCAACAGUAUCUGCACUGUUUCUGGGUGUGUGUUUCUAUUCCUGACAGUAGCCGCACUAUUCCUGGGUGUGUUUCUGUU